AUGGGAGUUGUGAAAACCCGGAAGAAAAAACAUCGGAACAAAGACGUCACAGAGGAUGAACUUCGUUAUGCUCCCACCACUGCGGAAGAAUUCCGUGCCGGGUGGAGACGCGAAGAACAAGUCAAUGAGGUGCCGUUUUGCAAGGACCUUGGCUUCGGAGGAUUUCACCCCGACGAUUCGACAGACAACUUCUGUUGGAGCCGAUGUGGUCGCGGAUGCGAAAGCUGGAUGUUCUUGAGCCAAGAUUCAAAGAGUUCCUGGACGCUUGUGGCUGAUGCUAAGCGUGUGAAGCCUUGUCUUACACCAGCCAACAAAUCACACAGAAAUAUUCUUUGUAAGGCUGUGAAGAAACCCACAACGGUCGAUUACGUCGAAGCGGUCCGUCACGAAAUGGAUAUUGUGGCCCCGGAACAGGUUCCACCCAUGGCCAUCGGUUUCCAAGGUCCUGAUCCGCGAAUGGUAUUGCAGCCCUCACCAGCCGUGGGCCCACAGAUGCCCUAUUAUCCCCAGGCGGCAAUGGAAGGUGCCGGGAUGGUGUAUGGUGGUCCCGCAGCAAUGCCAGGAGACAUGAGGGCUGGCUCAGACGGCUUGGAUCGGUCUACAUUAUAUGCCCUGCCUCUUGGGGCAGCAUCUCUGGUGAUCACGGUUAGCCUGAUGCUAUUUGGCUGA